UGCGCUGCGGUGCGCCAGACGAGGUAGUGAGUGAAAGUCAUCCCGAUCCCGGGUUGAGCUGGAUUAGAGACACGACGUGGUCCAUCCUCCAUGAGCAUGGCUAGAAGUCUAACGGCGUGUCAGGAUCGCUGACGAGUGUCCACGGAGACGUUAUAAAAUCCUGCUAGCAGAAAUCCUGAUCCUGCUAGCAGAGAUCCUGCUAGCAGAAAUCCCGUUAGCAGAAAUCCCGCUAGCAGAAAUCCCGCUAGGAGAAAUCCCGUUAGCAGUAAUCCUGCUAGGAGAAAUCCUGUUAGCAGAGGGGGAAAUCCGCGCUGGAGAUGGAGGGGCCAUCCCGUCGACCGACGGCUCCUCCGGAUGGGCCCAUGUGGCUGACGAGCUGGAGAGGGUCCGGUGGAGACGCGGACGCCGAUCCGGCCAGGGACAUGAAAACACAUUUUCGCGUUUGUCGCUUCAUCAUGGAGGCAGGAGUGAAGCUGGGUAUGCGAUCGGUGCCUGUGGCCACGGCAUGUGUGUUGUACCACCGUUUCUUUGAGUGUGUGAGUGUGCGCGUGUAUGAGCCCUAUCUGGUGGCAAUGAGCUGUGUUUACCUGGCUGGCAAAGUGGAGGAGCAGCACCUGAGGACCCGUGACAUCAUCAACGUCAGCCACAGAUACUUCAACAGUGGUAGCGCUCCUCUGGAAUGUGACAAGGAGUUCUGGGAUCUGAGGGAUAGCGUGGUGCAAUGCGAGCUUCUCAUCCUCAGACAGCUCAACUUCCACGUCUCCUUUCAACACCCACACAAGUAUCUGCUACACUACCUGUGGUCAGUGAAGUCCUUGGUGAAUCGCCAUGCCUGGUCUCGAACUCCUGUCGCUGAAACUGCUUGGGCAUUGCUUAGAGACUGUUACCAUGGUCUGAUGUGCAUCCACCAUGCACCCCAGCACAUCGCUAUAGCAACACUUUACCUAGCGCUCAAGAGCUAUGGCGUGGAGCUGUCCGUCGGGGAGCGUGAGUGGUGGCAGGUGCUGUGCGAGAACGUGAGGAAAGUGGACAUUGAUGCUGUGAUUUCUGAUCUUCUCCAGCUCUACGACAUGGAGGCCAAGUGUGUCUGAAGGACACGCUCAUUCCACUCCACGAUGAAUGCAAAUGGGACUUUAAGUCAUUUGUGUGUGUGUGUGUGUGUGUGUGUGUGUGUGUGUGUGUGUGUGUGUGUGUGUGUGUGUGUGUGUGUGUGUGUUUGUGUGUGUGUGUGUGUGUGUGUUUGUGUGUGUGUGUGUGUGUGUGCGCACGCGCGUGCGUGUGUGCAUGUCCAGUUAGGCACUUCCAUCUCUUGCCAGCCUGUGGAGACAUUUUGUACUCUAUGGUAUCUCUUGGCCCGGUGUUGCAGGAUGUUAAUGUGUUCUGGACAAUAAUAUUAGAGCCAAGUCAUAAAAGUCUUCUGACGCCAGCAACUGUUCCAUAAAGUCACUUAAUUCCAUGUUCCCUAUGCUGCAUCGUCCAGAAGCCACACUUUGCAUUUCAUUAUGUGCUAUAUAUUGUUAGAUUUACAUGUUAGAUAAAGAUAAUGGGAU